GCAGGCACAGCCACAGCAUCACCAUCUAUCUGCUCUGGAUUGAGAUACGAGGGGUGAGAGGCCUUGGACGGCCAGGAUUCAUCCCAGUGGCUGAUCUAUCUAAUCUAUAGUAGCCAUUAAAAUAGCUAAGCUAAGCUAAACCUUAUCAUCGUCAGGUCAGGCACUUCACCAACCCUCUGCCUCCCUUCCGCCGCCCUCCGCCGCCGCAUGCAAGCCAUCCUCGCCGCUGCCAUGGCCGCCCAGACCCUCUUGUUCUCCGCCACCGCCCCUCCCGCCUCCCUUUUCCAGUCCCCUUCCUCUGCCCGCCCUUUCCACUCGCUCCGCCUCGCCGCCGGCCCCGCGGGCGCCGCCGCUGCCAGGGCGCUCGUCGUCGCCGACGCCACCAAGAAGGCCGUCGCCGUGCUCAAGGGCACCUCCCAGGUUGAGGGAGUCGUCACCCUCACCCAGGAUGACCAAGGUCCUACAACAGUGAAUGUCCGUGUGACGGGACUUACUCCUGGACUUCACGGCUUCCACCUCCACGAGUUUGGCGAUACUACGAAUGGGUGCAUAUCAACAGGACCACAUUUUAACCCAAACAAUUUGACGCACGGUGCACCAGAAGAUGAAGUCCGUCAUGCGGGUGACCUGGGAAACAUUGUUGCCAAUGCUGAAGGUGUAGCUGAGGCAACCAUUGUUGAUAAGCAGAUUCCUCUGAGUGGCCCAAAUUCUGUUGUUGGGAGAGCAUUCGUUGUUCAUGAGCUUGAAGAUGAUUUGGGGAAGGGUGGCCAUGAGCUUAGUCUCAGUACUGGAAAUGCUGGUGGGCGACUUGCAUGCGGUGUUGUUGGGCUGACCCCGUUGUAGGUCGCUGCAAGUUGCAGCUGAAGUGUCAGUAUCGCAUCCAUGUCACCCUUUUUGUCAUCUUCGAGCCUGAGGCAGUCGUUCUUGUAUCACAUGGAUUUCGCAACAUGGAUGCUUAAUAGUAUCUGUUGAUCGUUCGUCUCACAGUAAUAAAAUUUAGUUGAGCAAAUAAGUGUCGUCACAUCCCCUGUUCUCCACCCUGUCAAACUAUAAAUUGUGAAACAUGAGCUGUUCUGGGUAUACAACGCAUAAAAAAAACCAUGUGUUAUACAUAACAGCCUUGUUGCUGGCUGUACUUUCGUGCUUCUGAUCUAAUCUUUGUGCUA